AUGCCCCAGCUCCUAGUAGGUCGUGCUAACACGGUCAGAGACACGUUCCUGAAUGACCCUGCAGUCAUUCUGAUUGUGGUGGUCGUGGUCAUGUUCUUCAUCACCUUCUGCGGCUGCAGCGGAGCCCUGCGAGAGAACAUUCACCUUCUGAAGGCAUUCUCCUUCAGUCUGACUUUGGUCUUAUUCACUCAGGUGGCCAUAGCUGUCCUAGGCUUAUUCUACUCAGACCAGGUACGAGAUGCUCUGGAGAAAUUUGUGAAAAAAUCUAUUGUGUACUAUAGGGAUGACCUGGAUCUGCAGAACCUCAUGGACUACAUUCAGAGAGAGAGAGCCAUGUGGGGCUUCCAGUGGGGCAGAGCCCCUCAUCUGGGUCUGGGCCCCCAGGUAGAAGAAGCCAUCGUGGGCAAACUUGAGGGCGAGCAGGUCAGUAGUGUGUUCCAUCAGGAUCUCCUCACACACAUCACACGUCUUAUUGAAACUCCUACAGAGGACAGCCAGUAG